GCGCGCGCGCAGGCGCCCGAAACCUCCCGAGCGCAGCCUUCAAAGGCCAACGUGCCGCUGGCCGACGGCUCAGUCGCAAGCCCGAGCUCGCCGCAAGCACGAGCUUCGCACGACGGCCCCCCGAUCGACUGCCAAUCUGCCUGUCCCGCGUCCUACGCACUCCGCGCUCCUCCGGACUCUUGGCGAAUCCGCGUGUUUUCCGGCCCCUGCCCCCGCCGCCGGCCGUCGCGAGCGCGUCUGUGCUCGUUCGAGAAACUUGACUGUGUGAUUUUUCAAAAGGAAAAGAAGGGGGAACAGUGCGCAGGAGGCUUUGAGAGCUUUUCCGAGUCCCGGCGUCAACCUUCACGAGCUCGAGGAUAAGCCGUCUCUCAGUCGCGACGACGACGGCGAGAAGCGGCUUGAGCCGAUUUUACGGGGCCGUGAACCGGAGCGUAUCCCCGGAUAAUUGAGGGAUAUAUCGGCCGAGCGUAGGACCUUCAGCACCGAUGUGGCUAAUUGGAGCGGCGCGCUAGUCGAGACUACGAAGCGUCGCGCGUAGUAAAGUACUGGGAGCGAGCGCGAUGAGAGUCGACGAUCGACUCCCGGUCGCCGGCUGAUCAUCGGGGCGCUCGUUCGUAGAGCACUCGCCGAGCCACUUUUCAUCGCGACCCCCCGCGAUCAACACGACAACGAUCGAGAACGCCAGCCAAACUUCUGCCAGGCAACUCCAGGCCGAUGCGACUGCUCGGAAUGGCGAACGCGAGCUGCCGCUCGAUUAUGCUUUUCUGCGGAAUCCUCAUCCUUGCUGUUCUCCAAGAAACCAACGCGAGCUGGGAUGAUUGGUGGACGUACGAUGGCAUUUCAGGACCGUCGUUUUGGGGCCUAAUCAAUCCCCAGUGGUCCCUGUGCAGCAAGGGCAGGCGGCAAAGUCCUAUCAACAUCGAGCCUGACAAGUUGCUCUUCGACCCCCACCUGAGGCCGAUGAACGUGGACAAGCACAAGGUCUCAGGUCAUCUGCACAACACUGGUCAAUUCUUGGUGUUUCGGACGGAUAAAGAAUCCAAAGUACGAGUGAACAUCACUGGUGGGCCUCUCGCCUAUCACUAUCAAUUCGAAGAGAUUUACAUUCAUUACGGUCAAGAUGACAACCAUGGCUCGGAACAUCACGUCAACAAUUAUGCGUUUCCCGCCGAGAUUCAGAUUUACGGCUACAAUGCAGAACUGUAUCAUAACAUGAGCGAGGCGCAGCACAAGAGUCAAGGUCUCGUCGCAAUUUCGUUAAUGGUUCAGCUCAGUGAUACGCCGAACCAAGAGCUACGGAUAAUAACAAGCGUGUUCAACAGGGUACAGUUUCGAGGUGAUAAAGCUCCCGUACGGCAUCUCUCAUUAAAAGCUCUCAUGCCCGACACAGACGGCUACAUGACUUACGAGGGUAGCACGACGCACCCGGGCUGCUGGGAGACGGCGGUUUGGGUGAUUCUCAACAAACCUAUCUACAUUACUGCGCAGGAGCUGUACGCCCUGAGGAGGCUGAUGCAAGGACCUGACAGAAUGCCAAAGGCACCGCUCGGGAAUAACUCCAGACCGCUGCAAGGACUCCAUCACAGAACUAUUCGAACGAACAUCGAUUUUCGCAAGCGGCCGGACGCUAAGUGCCCGACGAUGGCGACGGACAUGCGAUACAAAGAUGACUUUUUCUUUCCAGCCAAUACGUGGCGAGACGAGACCACGUUGUCGCGCAACGUCGUCUGAAUUGUCCGCCGGCCAGUUCCAACGCUUCGCAACAAUUCACCAAAAAUCCCACGACUUCUUCCCGGCGGCGUCCCGCGGGCUCGAUCGCAUAAUGUGUUUUCAAACUCAAACAGACGAUACGACACAAUUAGUGUGAAUGGAGAAAGUUAUAUUUUCUAUUGCAGAUGUACGACGAUGAGAAAAGCGAACGAAUCAACAACUGAUAUUAUUAUCGCACGGCGCUUUACAUUUGCGAGAGCCGCGGUCAAUGAGUCAUAAGUUCCUUUAACGAUGGAAAGACGAAAAUAAGAGCAAAGUAAAUAGAAAAAAAAAAGAAAAUUCUGUCUGCUAUGUUCUGUACGUUGCGUACGUGCUUCAGGGUAGACCCGGAACACUCCAUCGAUUUGUAUAUUCGUUGUACGAUGGUCCCGGCUUUAUCCCGCAAGCACUUCACAGUUCAUUGUGUGAAUAUUAAAAAUAUAUAGCGCCAAACGAAUAUCUAACGGUAACUGCGUUGAAUUCUUUGCGGUUCUACCUACAAAAUAUUGUUUGUAUUUCGAAGAAACAAAGUGGAGAGGACGGCGAUAUUUAAGGCUUCGUAUACGUUGAGAACUGAUGUCUUGCAGACUGUCCUCUUCGAUAGAGGCAAGCUUCGAUAAAAAAGAAACAGAGAUGAUAAUAAUAAAAGAAACGUAAGUUUAACGAUAUUAUACAUAUACAUAUAUACAUAAUCCUGUGCAAUACACACACACACACAAAAGAUAAAAAUAAAAACGAUGAAAAAUUCUGUACAAAGUCGCAUGGAGAUUGUAAAAGUUUAUUUUAUUGCGCGUGUUGACGAUUACGGAAGAAAAAAAAGAAAACUCAAUUAAAUUCCAAGUAAGAAAGCGUUGAGACGUUAAUGCAAACCAAACUUGAACAAAGAAAAAAACACAAUAUGAUGCCGCUCAACUUUUUUAAUGCUUACAAUGCCAACGAUCUUUUGAUCUAAAUGACAGACUUUGUUGUCAAUUAUUUUUCAGUCAAGCGAUAAUAUAACGAAAGGAAAAAAGCCGCUCGACGACGACGAGUGCAACAUGUCAUCAAUUGUAACCAAAUCAUUCUGGAUAUCGAUCAAAACUAUAAUACUUCGUAAGAAGCUUUUGCGCGUUUGCUUGGUUUUCGAUGAUCUUAUGUAGGAGAGAGUCAUUUACAAGUCGAUUGCGGGAGACAGCGAGAAAGAUUGAAAGAGAUGCAAAUUAUAAAGGAAGUUUUAUGUAAAGUAGAUUAAUUGAGGUAUUUGGGGUUGGGUGGACUGUUAUUGGGAUCAUAGCGUAGUCGAUGAAUGAAUAACCCUGCGCUUUUGUAAAUACAGUAUCAUAUAGGCAUGAAAACUUUUAGGACAAAAUAAAAAAAUGUAUAGAAGAACGAAAAUUAAACUGUAUGAUUGAAACAAAAAUGAUUUAAAGGAAUGAACCAUUUAUUGGUUUACGAAUAAUGAUAAUA